ACUACUCUUAAAUGGAAGUGUUGUUUUAGCAAAAAUGCAUCUGUUUGGGAUGCACUGAGCAUUCGACUGGAUAAAUGAGACUUGGAUUAUACUGCAUGAGUUUCGUGAGAGCUUGAAAACUUGCAUCCAUCCCCCUCUCCAGCAACGGCUCCUCCUGGAGGAUCCUGAGGCGUUCCCAGGCCAGAUGAGAUAUGUUCUGGGUCCAUCCCGGGGCCUCCUACUAGCUGGACGUACCCGGGUCACCUCUAACAGGCUGUUUGUAAACGUUAAACGCAGUCCUCGCGUAUUUGAAUUCAUAAACAAUGUUCCCCUUUUUGGACUCUUCGUUCACCAUGGAGGCAUGGUGGCAUUCUCUUUCAAUUUUGUGUAUGUGUCCCAACAAGCCCUCUAAAUAGGGGCUGGGUGAUUCAUCAACGUAAUUGAUGUCACUCUUUACGGAAAUACAUUGAUUUACAAAACGUGCCUUGGCAUGUUGGAAUAAAGUCGACUGCACCCAGUCAAAGCAUAGAUUCAUUCAGCUAACAAGCUGUGCCUGAAAACCUCUCCUACAAAGUAAAAAUGACUUCUGACAGGAGUGUAACCGCAGCACUCGGAGUGAAAGCAUCCCAGAGCUGUUUGUUAACAUGGCAGCAAGACAGUCCCAUCCUGUUUGCUUUUUGUUCCCACCCAGGUAUGACAUAUCAGGACUAUCAACACGUGGAACAUCAUUCGGUUUUCAUUGGGAACUGCUCAGCUCCCUUCAGCAUCCAGCGGUAUCGACGGACUUGCCAUGAACUCCUGCAGAGGGAGCCAUAAUGGCGAAACUUAAAGAGGAGCUCUGGAAAACUCUGCAGGACCUGAAAGAAGAGGAGUUUGAGAAUUUCAAGUGGUUCUUGGAGCAGGAUGGGCUCCUGGAGGGCUUGUCAGGCAUCCCAGUGUCUCAGCUGGAGAAGGCAAAAAGGCAGCACACUGUCGAUCUAAUGGUACAGAAAUAUCCAGGUUCUGGAGCUCUGAAGGUAACCUUGAAGAUUUUAGAAAACAUCCACAGGAAUGAUCUGAAGCAGCAUCUUCAAAACCUCCCCUUGGGACACAACAAUGGUGCUAAGAAAGAAGAGUAUAAGGGAGAGAAGCCCAAACUCCAGUGGGUGCAGCAGUUUGCAGUGGAUGUGACUCUGGAUCCUGAUACAGCAAAUCCUCACCUCAUCCUGUCUGGUAAUAGGAAACAAGUACGCCAUGGUGAUGUGAGGAGGAAUCUGCCAAACAACCCUGAGAGAUUUUACAGAUGUGUGAACGUCUUAGGAAAGCAGAGUUUCUCUUCAGGAAAAUUUUACUUCCAGGUUCAGGUUGAGGGGAAGACUGCCUGGGAUUUGGGAGUAGCCAAAGAGUCGAUUGAGAGGAAAGUCCAGAUUACAGCAAGCCCACAGAAUGGCUACUGGGCUCUCAUGAUGAGGAAUGGAUGUGACUACGGGACGAUGGAUGGUGAGCCAGUCCUUCUCUCUCUGACAAAGAAUCCUAAAAAGGUGGGAGUGUUUGUGAACUAUGACGAGGGUCUGGUCUUCUUUUAUGACGUGGAUACUGCAGAUAUUCUCUACUUCUUCAGCGGCUGCUCCUUCACUGAGAAACUCUACCCAUUCUUCAGCCCCUGUACUAAUGAUGGUGGUAUAAACUCUGCCCCUCUGAUCAUCUCUUCUGUCAAUGACCCACUGAGCCUCGAGACACGUGACACUGGUGAUCAAAAAGAAGAGCAUGAAAAAAAGAAGGCUGAGCUGAAGAGCGCCCAGCAGUUUGCAGUGGAUGUGACUCUGGAUCCUGAUACAGCAAAUCCUCACCUCAUCCUGUCUCGUGAUGGGAAACAAGUGCGUCAUGGUGAUGUGAUGAAGAAACUACCUGACAAUCCUGAGAGAUUUAAGAAAUGUGUGAGCAUCUUAGGGAAGCAAGGUUUUGCUUCAGGAAAAUUUUACUUUGAGGUUCAGGUUAAAGGGAAGACUGCCUGGGACUUGGGGGUGGCAGAGCAGUCAAUCAAAAGGAAAAUCCAGAUCACAACAAGCCCUCAGCAUGGCUACUGGACUAUCGUGCUGAGAAAUGAAAAUGACUAUGAAGCUAUUGAUGAUGAUCCUGUCUGUCUGUCUCUGAAUCAGCCUCCUCAGAAGGUGGGAGUGUUUGUGGACAUUGACGAGGGUCUGGUCUGCUUUUAUGAUGUAGAUUCUGCAGAUCUCCUCCACUCCUUCACUGGCUGCUAUUUUACUGAGAAACUCUACCCAUACUUCAGUCCCUGUACUAAUGAUGGUGGUGUAAACUCUGCCCCUUUGAUCAUCUCUCCUGUCAAUCAGGAGACAAAUGACACUGGUGACCAAAAAGAACUUGAAAGAAAAGCGCCUGAGCUGAAGAGCGUCCAACAGUUUGUAGUGGACGUGACUCUGGAUCCUGAUACAGCCCAUCCUCACCUCAUCCUGUCUGAUGAUGGGAAACAAGUACACCACAGUGAUGUGAGGAACAAACUACCGGACAAGCCCCAGAGAUUUACCAAAUAUGAAAGCAUUUUAGGAAAGCCGAGUCUCUCUUCAGGAAAAUAUUACUACGAGGUUCAGGUUAAAGGGAAGACUGCUUGGGAUUUGGGAGUGGCCAAUCAGGCAAUCAAGAAGAAAGUCCAGAUCUCAACAAACCCUGAGAAUGGCUUCUGGACUAUAAAGCUGAGGAAUCAAAAUGAGUAUGAAGCUAAUGAUGAUGAUCCUGUCCAGCUGUCUCUGAAGUCACAUCUUCAGAAGGUGGGAGUGUUUGUGGACUAUGAUGAGGGUCUGGUCUGCUUUUAUGAUGUAGAUUCUGCAGAUCUUAUCUACUCCUUCACUGGCUGCUAUUUUACUGGGAAACUCUACCCAUUCUUCAGUCCCUGUACUAAUGAUGGUGGUGUAAACUCUGCCCCUCUGAUCAUCUCUUCUGUCAAUCACCCACUGAGCCAUAAGACACAUGACAUCAGUGAUGAGAAGGCAGAAUACAAAAGAAAGAAGGCUGAGCUGAAAAGGAUACAGCAGUUUGCAGUGGAUGUGACUCUGGAUCCUGAUACAGCAAAUCCUCACCUCAUUCUUUCUGAUGAUGGGAAACAAGUACACCACAGUGAUGUGAAAAAGACAUUACCAAACAACCCUGAGAGAUUUUACAGUUUUGUGAACGUCUUAGGAAAGCAGAGUUUCUCUUCAGGAAAAUUUUACUACGAGGUUCAGGUUGAGGGAAAGACUGCCUGGGCUUUGGGAGUGGCCAAACAGUCGAUCAAGAGGAAACUCCAGAUCGCAGCAUGCCCACAGAAUGGUUUCUGGACCAUAAUGUUGACAAAUGAAGAUGUAUACGAAGCCAAUGAUGAUGAUCCUGUCCAACUGUCUCUGAACCAUCCUCUUCAGAAGGUGGGAGUGUUUGUGGACUAUGAAGAGGAUCUGGUCUCCUUCUAUAACGUAGAUUCUGCAGAUCUUCUCUACUCCUUCACUGGCUGCUCCUUUACUGAGAAGCUCUACCCAUACUUCAGUCCUUUCACUAAUGACGGCGGUGUAAACUCUGCCCCCCUCAUUAUCUCUCCUGUCAAUGAGCCACUGAGCCUUAACACAUGUGACUUUGGUGGUGAGAAAGGAGAACCUGAGAAAAAUAAGACUGAGCUGAAGAGUGUGGAGGAGCUCGCAGUGGAAAUAACGCCGGAUCAAGAUACUGCACGUGCUAAUCUCAUCCUUUCUGGUGAUGGGAAACAAGUACACAAUGAUGAUGUGAGGGAGAAACUCCCAAGUAACUUUGUGAGGACCAUAUUUUGUUGCCAGUGUUGUCUCUCUCGAACAGACAAAGAGUAAAGUGUUAGUAGUAAAAAGAUGUGUCCCGGGACGAGGAGGCACUUGGUUCACUAGUUAUCUGUAAAAUUAUCAACUCCGUUUGGAUUGGCCAAGAUGUCGUUGGGUCUGCUCAGGGUGCAAUACUCAUCUCCUUUUUCUCCCAAACUGAGGCCCCACCUGCAUCCUAACCUUGAUAACAUGCAGCCUUUGCCAUGCCGAUGUCUUUGGUUUUUCUGGAGGUAAUAGAGGUGGGCUGUCCACUUUUGUAAACAUUGUUAUGCCCUGUUUAUCUCAGUUAGGGAAAUCAGUGACUGUUAUUUGGUUUCUCUUAAUGUCUUCAGGUUAUAUGUUUUGCCGUUCUAUUUAGUUUUGGUUAGUUUUGUUGGCCUUUGCCCACCCUGAAGUUAAAUCAUACUCAUCAACAGUAUUUGUACUGAAUGAAUGAACUUUAUUCCUAUAGCACCUUUCAUGCAUAGAAUGUAGCACAAAAUGUUUUACAACUCAGCAGCAAAUACAAGCAGCAAAGACAUAAAACCAUACAAUUACACAACACCCGUUCAAGGAGAAAUUAGAAAAAAUAAUUCAUGAAUUAAUCAAUCAAUUAAGAAAAAUAUACAAAUAUUAAAACAGAUAACUUCUAGUUAUAAGCUUUAUUAAAAAGAUAUGUUUUGAGUCCUCAUUUAAAACUGUCCACUGAGCCAGCAUGUCUUAUAUUUAAAGGCGGGGUGUAUUUUGGGGGCGUAGUAGCUAAAAGAAGCAUCCCCAAAGGUUUUUGUCAUUUCUGACAUUAGGAACAGUUAAAAGAGCAGCUGUCGAGAAUCUCAAGGUUCGUGGAGGGACAUAAAAUGAUAGGGAGUCUGUGAUAUAGAAGGGGGCAAGGCCAUUAAGAGCCUUAAAAACCAAAAAAAAAAAAAAAAAAAAAA